GGAAGGGGAGGAGAGAAAAAGAGUGAGGGAGAGAGUAAAAGAGAGACAGGGAGGAGGGAAAAACUGCUGCAUCAACUGACCUGCAGCUCUGAGACAUUUCUAUUUAUACAGAGACUGAAGAUUUCUGUGGUGCCUGAUUCCCCACAACCUUCAUUGUAAAAGGGGCGGGGGGAACCUGGGCUCCUUUUCCAUUACUAUUUGUGUGGCUUUCUUCCAGUCAGAGAGUUUUAUUAUAGAUUUACUGCCCUCUCUCCCUGCCAUUCCUGCCACUUAAAAAAAACAAAAACACAAAGUUGGCAAGGUUUUGUUUACUGAGAACCAAAAAAAAAAAGGUGUGACUUUCUGCUCCAAUAAACCAAACCAACAAUCCCAACAGCAUUUUGUGGAGAUGAGGGGCCUUGCUGGUUGGAUGCUGAUCGUCGCCCUGGGAAACUGGGUUUGGGUCCAGGGUCUGGUCCCUCUGGCUGACUUUUACCCCUUUGGCUUGGAGCAGGGGGAUGCUGUCACUUUGAAGCAGGAUGAUGGAGGUUCCGGGCUUCAGCCAAUCUCCAUCAAAUUUCCUUUCUUCGGAGUGGGACACACUGGACUUUAUGUGAACAACAAUGGAAUCAUCUCCUUCCUGAAGGAGGUGUCUCAGUUCACACCGGUUGCCUUCCCCAUCUCCAAGGACCGCUGUGUCGUGGCUGCUUUCUGGGCAGAUGUGGAUAACCGGCGAGCCGGGGAAGUGUAUUACCGGGAGAGUAAGAACCCAGCCACGCUGCGGAGAGCUACUCAAGAUAUUAGACAGUACUUCCCAGAGUUCACGGACUUCUCUGCACAGUGGGUUUUCAUCGCCACCUGGAACCGAGUGACCUUCUUUGGAGGCAGCUCCUUUUCCCCUGUAAACACCUUCCAGAUUGUCCUCAUCACAGAUGGCAAACUGUCCUUCACCAUCUUCAACUAUGAGUCUAUCACAUGGACUACUGGCAUGCACGCCAGCAGCGGGGGGGAUUUUGCUGGUUUGGGAGGCAUUGCUGCCCAGGCAGGCUUCAACGCCGGUGAUGGGAAGCGUUACUUCAACAUCCCUGGGUCCCGCACCGAUGACAUCGCAGACGUGGAGAUGACGACAAAUGUGGGUAUCCCCGGGCGCUGGGUGUUCAGAAUCGAUGAUGCCCAGGUGCAAGUGGGGGGCUGCAUCAACACAACCUCUGUGUGUUUGACACUUCGUCCCUGUCUGAACGGAGGGAAAUGUAUUGAUGACUGUAUUACUGGAAAUCCCUCAUAUUCAUGCUCCUGCCUUGCGGGCUUCACAGGAAAGAGAUGCCAUCUUGAUGUGAAUGAGUGUAUUUCCCACCCAUGUCAGAAUGGAGGUACAUGCAUCCACGGCAUCAACAGCUUCAGCUGCCAGUGCCCGGCAGGAUUCAAAGGGCCCAUCUGUGAGACAGUGGACUCCCCAUGUGACACCAAGGAAUGCCAAAAUGGUGGAGAAUGUCAGGCAGAAAAUGGGACCGCUGUGUGUGUGUGUCGAUCAGGAUACAUGGGAGAAGACUGCGAAAUCGAUAUAAAUGAAUGUGACUCGAACCCAUGUCUCAAUGAAGGACGAUGCAUUGAUUUGGUGGAUAAUUACACCUGUGAGUGUGUGGAUCCUUUCACUGGACGGCACUGUGAGACAGAUCCCUCCUCCUGUGAAGAGAGAAGCUGCAGGAACAGACAGACCUGUAACUAUAUCAGGCCUGGACGCUACGUCUGCAUAUGCUCCCCUGGUUACUAUGGAAAUAACUGCCAGUAUGGGGGUCCCAGGAUCCCGAGCGCUUGUCUCUCCAAUCCAUGCCAGAACGAGGGCACCUGCCUGGAGACGGACCAGGGAUAUAUCUGCGAGUGUCCCAGUGGGUACGCAGGUUCCGACUGCACAGACAAGCUUGCUGAAGAUUGUGAGUGCCGCAAUGGAGGGAAAUGUCUAGAUGGGAACUUCACCAUCUGCCAGUGUCCUCCAGGAUAUUUUGGUCUCCUUUGUGAAUUUGAAGUCACCGCUACAUCUUGCAACAUGAACACACAGUGUCCAGAUGGCGGUUACUGCAUGGAAUACGGUGGGAGCUACUUGUGUGUGUGCCACACCGACUACAGCACCAAUCACUCUCUGCCAUCUCCCUGUGACUCGGACCCCUGCCUCAAUGGGGGGUCCUGUGAUGCCCAGGAUGAUUCUUAUACGUGUGAAUGUCCUCGAGGGUUCCACGGCAUGCACUGUGAGAAAGUAAGGCCGAGACUGUGCAGCUCUGGACCGUGUCGGAACGGUGGCACCUGUAAGGAGUCGGACGGAGAAUACUAUUGCAGCUGCCCCUACCGAUUCACCGGGAGGCACUGUGAGAUAGGAAAGCCGGAUCCCUGUGCCUCCGGCCCGUGUCAGAACGGAGGAACCUGCUUCCACUACAUUGGCAAAUACAAGUGUGACUGCCCCCCAGGAUAUUCAGGGCGACACUGUGAAAUACCUCCUUCUCCUUGCUUCCUGAGUCCCUGUGAAAACGGCGCAACCUGUGAUGAGCGUGGUAUGGACUACAUCUGUCACUGCCCCGUUGGAUUCACCGGGAGACGCUGCCAAUCAGAGGUAGACUGUGGAGUUCCAGACAAGGUGAAACAUACUCAAGUACGGUUUAACUCUACCAAGAUGGGCUCACUUGCAGAAUACAAAUGUGAUCGUGGCUACGCUCUGAACUCUCACAACAACCCCAGGGUCUGCGGCGCACAAGGUGUCUGGAGUGAAGCUCCAGAGUGUGAUGAAAUAGACGAGUGCAGGUCUCAGCCAUGCCUUAAUGGGGGCUCCUGCAAGGAUCGCGUUGCCGAAUUCCUCUGUGUGUGUGGAGCAGGAUACACGGGACACUAUUGUGAGUUGGAGAUUAAUGAGUGCCUGUCAGAUCCCUGUAAGAAUGGAGGAAUUUGCAAAGAUUUCCCAGGAUCUUUUACUUGCCAGUGUCCUGACGGCUUUUUAGGAAUCCACUGUGAAACAGAAGUGGAUGCCUGCAAUUCAAGUCCUUGUCAGAAUGGAGGAGAGUGUGAAAAUUAUGGAGGCUCCUUCUUGUGUGUCUGCCCGGAAGGAUUCUUUGGCUACCACUGUGAGAUAGCCAGCGAUCCUUGUUUCUCCAAUCCCUGUGGGAGCCGAGGCUACUGUCUGUCUAACAAUGGAUCCCAUGGCUGCACCUGCAAGGUGGGCUACACCGGCAAGAACUGCGAAAAAGAACUGCUGCCGCCCAUGUCUUUAAAGGUCGAGAGGGUAGAAGACAGCGGCGUCUCUAUUUCUUGGCGUCCACCGGAGGACCAAGCGGCAAAGCAGAUGAUCGACGGCUACGCGGUGACUUACGUCUCCUUCGACGGUUCUUACCGCCGGACGGAUUUUGUGGACCGGAGCCGCUCUGCCCACCAGCUGCGGGCUCUGGCUUCGGGCCGAGCCUACAACAUCUCCAUCUUUUCCGUGAAACGCAACGUCAACAACAAAAAUGACAUCAGCCGGCCAGUCACGCUCGUCACCCGCACUCGGCCUCGCCCGGUGGAGGGCUUUGAAGUCGCCAACGUGUCAGCCACCACCAUCACAGUGCAGUGGGCGCUCCACAGAGUCAAGCACUCGACCGUCAACAAGGUCCGCAUGUCCAUCCGCCACCUCGGGGAUCGGGAGGACCGCACCGUGGAGCUGGACAACAGCAUUUCUAAGUACACAUUCUGGGAUCUCUUGCCUGGAGAGCGGUAUAUUAUCCAUGUGGCCACCCUCAGUGGGGUGGGAACUGAAGACCAUCCCUCAGAGAGCUUGGCCACUCCCCCUGUCCAUGUGUGGACUCGGCCUCUUCCUCCCAGGAACCUCACUGCCUCCCGAGUGGCAGCCACGUCUGCCCACAUGGUGUGGGAACACCCGCUGGCCAGCGCUUCGGUGGAGGGCUACAUCAUCAAUGUCACCACCAAUCAGAGCGUGAAGAGUCGCUACGUCCCUAAUGGAAAGUUAACCGGCUACACCGUACGUGACCUGCUUCCGGGUCAAAGGUAUCACCUUUCAGUGACCGCUGUACAGAAUACCGAGCAAAGUCAAGUUCACAGUGACCCUGCCCACCUGUAUAUUAUCACCUCACAGAGGGAAGGAACUUCCGACAGGCGGUGGGGUCAAGGGGGGAAUGCCAGGGUGCUCCGGAACAGACUGCCCCCAGCAUUCCUGCCGGAACUGCGACUGUUAGCCGACCACGAUGUCCCGGAGGAACCGCCCCAGCCCUCCAGGUUUACUGAGCUGGUGGAUGGCAGAGGAAGGAUCAGUGCUAAAUUCAGCAGUUUACCCAAUAAAUCGGUCACCGUGAGAUCCCAACCAGAGACUCCUGUGAAGCUGGAAAACAUGGAGGAGUCCACCAAUCGGAUCAGCUUGGCUCUACAACUCUCAGAGCCUGAGAACAAGAAAAGAGAAAAUGACAACAGGAACUGUUCGGUAAACCCUUGCAGAAACGGGGGUACGUGUGUGAUCGGGACGGAUUUGCGCACCUGUGACUGCACCCCAGGAUUCAAAGGCAGAUACUGCGAGCUAUCCUGUAAGAAGGUGCCACACUCCUGCACGCGGCUAUUUUCGGAAACGAAGUCCUUUCCUGUCUGGGAAGGAGGAGUCUGCCAUUAUGUGUAUAAACGGGUCUACAAGAUCCACCAGGACAUCUGCUACAAGGAGAGCUGCGAGGGGACGACUUCAAAGAAGACGCCAAACAGGAAACUGAGUAACAGUCAAACGCUGAAGAGGACUUAAGGAUCCCAAACAAGGGUGGUUUCGGCUUGUCUGCUCCAAGAGCUUUUAAACCCCAGGAACACCAGAUCUACUAGAAGAAUCAGGAGACACCUUACUGACUGCCUCCGCUCUUCGCAAGCCUCUCUGGGAUAAACAGUCACGUCUGAACGCCGCACAACCCCCUUCUCCCUCCUUCGAGGCAGGACCGACUUUCCUAUGGUAUCUGUCUUUACCCACCAAGACAAGCGACGCUGAAAUGUCUCCCUCGGUCUUUUCCGGCGGCUUUCUGGGUGACCGGGGCUGUGGUUUUCUCUGGAAUACGAAUGCGGCUGUCCGUGUGCAUUGGGCUCCACCAACUGACUGCCGUUAAAAGUUGCAAUGACCGAAAACUGGAUCCCAAGACCAGCGUUAAAAAAAAAUAGAAAUCUCCCUUCUUUUCAGAGGUAGCAAUUGAUAACAAUAAUAAUAAUAAUAA